AUAUCUCCGCUUCUCUGCUGCAUCCUCCAAACUUCCCCAAACGAGUGUCGACCUCCGAGUAGCCAUGUCGCUCACGAUCCCAGCGAACCUCGUCCUCAGCCAGAGAUCCAACAAAUCUCUCACUCAGUCCGUACCUAAAUCCGCCGCGAGAUUCGUCUGCUCCGAUGACAAAUCCGCGACGCAGCAACAACAGUCCAUGAAGGCUUUCUCCGCGGCGGUGGCUCUCUCGUCCAUCCUCCUCUCAGCUCCGAUGCCAGCCGUCGCUGAUAUCUCUGGCUUAACUCCAUGCAAGGAGUCUAAACAGUUCGCCAAGAGAGAGAAGCAACAGAUCAAGAAGCUUCAAUCAUCUCUUAAGCUCUACGCUCCUGAAAGUGCUCCUGCUCUUGCUCUUAACGCUCAGAUCGAGAAGACCAAGCGCAGGUUCGACAACUACGGCAAGUAUGGACUUCUGUGCGGGGCAGACGGUCUACCACACCUGAUAGUGAACGGAGACCAGCGGCAUUGGGGAGAGUUCAUUACUCCAGGCCUUCUCUUCCUCUACAUUGCUGGAUGGAUCGGGUGGGUUGGAAGAAGCUACUUGAUAGCAAUCAGUGACGAGAAGAAACCAGCGAUGAAAGAGAUUAUCAUUGAUGUUCCAUUGGCUAGUCGUCUCAUCUUCCGUGGUUUCAUUUGGCCAGUGGCUGCUUACAGAGCCUUGCUCAAUGGCGAUCUCGUUGCCAAGGAUGUCUAAGAAACAAAUGUCUAUUUGGUCCUUUGUUUGCUUCUCUCCUAUGUUUUCCUUCGUAUGUAUUCAAAUCUUUGGUUAACUCUCCCUAUCAAAGAAUAUUGUCUGCAGUAUGAGAAACCUCUAAUUUCGAUUAAACAUUUUAAGAAUCCAAAGUUAUAGCAUAUUUAUGUUUUGAACCAACACGAAAUUGCCUACUCGUUUGCUUCAUUCUGGUGACGUUUUUGUGCAGUUUUUGUGGAUGAUUUCAGUAGAUAGUCUUGGCUGUGUCCACUUCGUAAUAAAGGAGAGUUUUGUUCUGUGUUUAAAGACUUCAAAGUACUUGUCGA